UGCUUUUUAUGGAAGCCUUUUUUCACCACAAAAGAAAAAACACAAAAGUUCUACUGGAAGUUCUAAUAUGGGUUUUUAGACAAUUACAUUUGGAGGUUACUAAGACAGAGAAGGUGUGAAGGCACUGUAGAACAAUUCAGACCAACUUUGAUUCAUCUAAAUCUUUUAAAUAUUAUAUUAUAUGCGAUCAAAAACCCCAGGCCUAUUAAAACACAGAAAUGUCCCUUUAUCAAAGCCUCAAAUCAGAAGCUAACUUUAACAACAUCGCUGCGCCGUGGAGCGGAAGAAGAGCCACACUGGCUAACAAACGUGAGCUACAGCAGAGUCGUUCUUCAGUCUUCAGCGCACACUUGACGGCAUCAUGGAGGAGGAAGCCCCCGCGGACGGCGAGGGGGAGACCCCCCUUUCCGCAGAGACGUACGCCGCCGAGGCCAUGGCUGCGGACAUGGACCCCUGGAUCGUUUUCGACUCCAGAAAUACCCCCAGGUCCGAGUUUGACGGCUGGCUGGAGAGCAACAGACCCUCCCAGGUGUACCGGUUUGGGGACGAGGACAACGGGGUCAGUAGCGUGGGGUGGAUAGCCGUGGUGGGUCCCAACCACUGCCCGUCUACAGGUGACGUGACUGGUCUCCAGGAGAGCUGGGACAAACUGCUAGCCAGCUCCCGGCCUGUCACCUUCCAGACUGUGAAAGAACUGGCCCUCAACCACGGCGUACUCUCCGGAAAGUGGCUCAUGCACUUGGCCUCUGGCUUCAAGCUGGACCACGCGUGGGAGUGCGUGGCCAGAGCAGCCUUAGAGGGAAAAAUCUCCCUGGUCAAAGUGAGUCCUUACAACCCCAAGGCGGAAGGCAAGCAGGUGAUCUGCGCCUAUAACCAGAACUUCACAGACGAAGGCGAAGUGGUGCGCCUGGACUCCUUCAUCCGGGCCACGGGCGUCAAAUGCCCCCUCUCCUACAAGCCAGACGUCUACACCUACCUGGGGAUCUAUCGGAACAACCGCUGGAAGCUCUGCCCCACCAUCUAUGAGAGCAAGUUUGACUUGGAGUGUGUGCCAAGGCGCUCGCACAUUAUCAACAAAGUCACAAAUCUGGAAGUAACAUAAGGAAGAUUAGUUGGGUGCCUUUUCCCCCCCGGACUGAUUUUAAGACGAGGCCUUUGGGUGAACCUGUGCGGUAAUCAAAACUGAUCGAGUUUGUAUCUCAAGUUCUUCAAUUUCUUUUGACUGGCACAUUUUCUAAGUUCUACCAGGGGUGAUUGCUUUGGAUAGAUUCCAUUCAGGAAUAAAGCACUUAAGGGACUGGCUGGAUUGUUUGAGCCAUACGCAUGAUUCAGGAGGUGAUUCGAGUUAUGAACGGAACUCAUUGAUUAGAAGGAAUUGGUUAUUCUUUUGAGCUUUAAAUCGUGCUAAGUACUGCAUAUUACACUAUUUCCAAAUAAAACACACAUCUGAAUAACAAAUUCUUUACACGGUUGUGGUUUUUAUUGGCAAAGAGUGUUUUGAAUCGGGACAGUCAUUAAUUACAACAAAUUACAUCUUUAUCCAAUAUAUGCAUUGCCAUAUGUAAAAAAAGAAAAAAGGCAGAAUAACUGGGAAAAAAAGCAUGUUACUACUUAAUAGUUUUUACAUAAGUCUUAACCUGGUUUUUGCUGCAGGUUCUAUAGGGAGUUAAAAGCAACCUGACCCAUGACUUCACCAGAAUAAAUCCUCGGUUUAGUAAGCAUACUCUUAAAUCGCUUAUACCGUAUGUACAUGUAGACCUUCAUUUGGUUUCUUACCACAUUCAAAUGGUAACUUCAGUGAACAUAAAAAUUAGGGAUACACUAUAUAUAUAUAUAUAUAUUUUUUUUUUUUUACAGACUGGUUCCGCAAGUAAAACUGGGCUGAUACAAUCAAUGUUUUGGCAGGGGAUUGUAAGUGGUAUUUGUUUAGUCACGUGACAAUAGCUGCAUUUCCAUCACAAGUGCGCGCAAAACUUUGUAGAUAUUCCGCUAAUGUAAAAAAUAAAACAUUUGCAAUUGUGGGUUUUCUAUUAUGUAAGAAAUGAAAUUAAAAUCACGUGAAAGUGUGUUGAGGUAAU